AUGGGAGAGGAGCGAGCAGAGCGAGGAGAAAGAGGAGAGCGGGGCGGAAGCGAGGAGAUUCAGGAGGGAGAGAAGAAUGGGACGGGAAUUUACCAGAAAAGGGGCAGAGAGGAGAGCAGGGAAGCAAGGGGGACAGGGGAGGAGGAACGAAGAAGGUUGGAGGAGGAGGGGGAGGAUGAUUGGCUCAACGGGGAAGACGCUGCUCUUGUACAUACCCCUGGAAAAAAACCUGAGAAAGCACCUGAGGAAUCACCUGAGGAAGCACCUGGGAAGAUACAGCAGUGGCUUUCGAUUUCUGGGGGCUGGGGGAGAUUAAGAGCUCUUCUCGAAGCGACACCUGACUUCAGAGCUAGUGACGAAGCUAUUGGCUCCAAGAAUCUCGGAAAGGAUGAUGACGUGGCUGAGAGUUUGAGUGGCCUACGUGGCAGUAGUGGGGGCAGGAGGAGAUUAAGAGGUGCUGCUGACGUGGCACCAAGUUCUAUCCGUUUCAAACCAGUUUGCAAUCGCCAACCCCGCGAUACUCUGGUUGCUGCCAUCUUCGUUAUAAGCACAUCCGUUACAGUGACAAUUGUUGCCAUACACGCCCUCUCCUCCCUCUUCCUCCAAUCUCCCCCCGCCCCCUUCCUGGAACCUUCCUCCCAGUCCUUCUCUCCCAGCGCCGACAAGCUCAUACCACAAAUCGCAGGGGCGGCACUUUCUGUCCUUAUCUGCUACGUGACGCCACUCGAAGGAUCUCUCGCCUUGCUGGCAGGCGGAUUUGCCGCCUACCAGUUUGUCUUUUUCCUCGCCCCGCUUCGCCCCCUUCGUCUUCUCUCCUCCCUACUGACCUUGCUACAGGAGAGUGAGGAGGAGGGGGAAGUGGGAGCGGGAGGAGGAGGGGGGGUGGGGAUGGGGGAAGGAGGAGGGUUAGAGGGACGGGGAUUAGGGCGAGUGGUUGGGGGGUGGAGGAGAAAAUGGAGAAUGGGGGGAAAAUAUGGUGUUGCUGCUGGUGGUGCUGCUGCUGGUUCUGGUUACAAACGCUACACCUCCUUCCGCCAUUUCUCCCCUCUGUCCUCGUUAUGGGAUUGGUACGGUACAUGGUAUGAGCCUCUGGAAGUUAGCAGCACGUGGGUUGUGGUGUUCUCGGUGCUCGUUCUCAUUCUCGCUGCCUCCCUGCUGCUGCUGCUGGGGCUGGGGUCUGGGAGAGGAGGGGGAGUGAGUGAGAAAGAGAGGAGGAGGGAAGAGGAGGAAUGUAUGGAACAGGAGCAGCAGCAGCAAAAACAGCAGAUGCAGCAGCAGCAGCCGCCGCCACUUUCCAACUCGUGUCCCGAAUUUGCAAAGUCGAGCCUGCAGCAGCAGCAGCCAUCCCAUGCAGAUUCAUCUCCCUAUCUGACCUCUCCCCACCCUCUGCCGUUCCAACUCCCUCCCUCCUCCAUACCUCUUCAUUCCUCCACACCCUCCUCGCACCACCCCCAGCUUCCCCCCAUCCAGUUUCUCCCCCCCACCUCCCCUGUCAAUUCCCAUCGCCCCUGUCUUCCCCACCUUCCCCACCUUCCCCGCUCCUCCCAACUCCCCCAGCCCUCCAAUCCUCCCCGCCUUACCCCCUGCCUCCCCCGUUUCCACUAUGCCUUAGCCGUCAGCACCACCUCCCACUCCGCCCUAUCUCUCUCCCACCGCCGCUCCCCGGCCCGCGCCCUCGUCUCCCUCAUCGCCCUCCUCGCGGUUCUAGCAAGCUUCCUCACACCACUCUUUGUCUCGACCUUUUCCUUUUCCUUCUCUCCUUCCUCCUCCUCCCCCCUCCAAGGACCCUUCAUACCACCACCCUCCCAGCCCUCAUCUCUUUCCUCCCCCUUGCUCCCAGCCCACUGCCCCUCCUUUUUCCUUUCCAUGGAUAGAGCUGCAAUUGCCUUAACUGCUCAGCAGCAGCAGGGGGCGGAAGGGGAUGAGAAGGAGGAGCAGAGGCAGGAGCAGCGGCAGCAGCAGGAGGAGCAGCAGGAGGGAGCAUGGGGUGCUGGUGCUGGGUUCAUAUCAGCUCAAAUGACCUACAUCCCUCACUCCUCCUCUUCCUCUUCCUCUUCCUCCUCUUCCUCUUCCUUCUCUUCCUCCACCCACAGCGCCAUAACCACCCCCACCCCAUCUCCCUCCACCUUCCUCCCCUCCCUCACUCACUUCCUCUCCGCCCUUGCCUGCCAUCUCCCCCUCUGGAUCCAUCUGGCCGUCAGAACAGCCGGCCAGCUGGCAAGUCUGUGGCUGGCCGUCAGUGUGGUCAUGACAGUGCAGUUCGCAGCUGCAGUGGCGGUUGGCAGUGAGGCGUUUGAGGAGGGUGGUCUAGAUAACUCAUUAACGAGUAAUAGAGAUAGCUUGAGAGGGAAUGAUGCUGAAGCUGGAACAACAGCAGCGGGAAGUUUAUUGAGGCCAGCGGCUGCAGUGGCGGUUGGCAGUGAGGCGUUUGAGGAGGGUGCCCUAGAUAACACAUCAGCAGUGAGGCUUUCACGGAGGAGUAGAGACAGCUUGAGAGGGAAUGGUGCUGAAGCUGAAGCAGCGGCAGUGGGAUGGGGGGCAGCUGCUGCAGUGGCGGCCAGCAGUGAGGCGUUCGAGGAGGGUGUUUUCAGUAACCCGCCUCUUUCUGAGACAACUGAAACCCCGUUUGACAGGGGUGCACUGGAAGAAGCAGCAGGGCGGGUGGGAGGGAUGGGGCGAGAGCAAAUGGAAGAGAAAUCUUCGGGGCGCUUUCCCGGUGAUGACUUGUGUGGGUUUGUGGAGGAGAGGAAGUUUCUUGCAUGGAACAGGCCGGGUUCCUCAACGUUACCAAUACGGCAAGCCCUGUUCGCAUCUCUCGGAACAAUCGCCACCAUCGCUCUCAUCCUCACACUCUCCACUUCCCUCGCUCUCACCCUCCCCGUCCUCCUCUCCUCCCUCAUCUCCUCCCUCCCCUCCACUCCAUUCCUCUCAACUUCUUCACAAUAUUCCGCCUCUCAUUUCUCCUCCUCUCAGUUCUCCUCCUCCUCCACCUCGCCCUCUGUGGACGAUCGUCGCCUCAUGCCCGCCUCUGCUUCUCUCACACUAACCAGAGUGCUGGCCCUCGUUUGUGUCACACCCUUGCUCGCCUUCUUUACAAGACUCGUGUUGCCUAUCGCAGCAGCAACUGGAGAAGGCUUCAUCUCCUCCCUGCGCACCUCCCUCCUCUUGCUCCGCUCACACGCCUCCGUCAUCAUUUCCCUCUCACUCUCCUCCUCCCUCCUCUCCAUUGCCAUUAUCACCUCCCACGUUGCUGCGCUAGCUUCUCUUGGGGCAUUGUUUGGCAUUUUCCUUGAGGGUGGACUGAAUGAAACGCUUUUGGGCCGGCGGGUGGCAGUCAUUUGGGUCUUCCUUGCGCCUUCCAUUGCUGCUGUGCUGCUGAAUCCGUUCGACCUUCUGACGGGUGGAGGCGGCGCGGGCGGUGGUGCUGACGGAGGCUCCAAGAAUCGCCGAAACCGGAAGAAGAAGCAGCAGCAAUCUCAAGGAGACGACCAGCAGCAGCAGCAGCAGCAGCAGCAGCAGCAGCCUCAGCAGCAGCAGCAAAAGCAGGAGCCGGAGGUGGUUCAACCUGCACCAACCGAACCUCAACCGCCAACAGCCACGGCCGCUGCUUCGGUCGGUCAGCAGGCAGAUGCAGCUUCCCCCGCAGCUGCCUCUGCACCUUCCGCCGCACCUUCCGCUGCGAAGAAGAAGAAGGGGAAAGGCGCAAAGGCGAGGCAGCCUCGUUGGGGGGACGAGGAGGAGGAACCAGCCAAUGGCGCAGUCGCUUCUCCUGAGAUCUCCUCCAAACCGGCAGAAAAAGCCGCCGCGCCGGCAGUUACGCCGUCAUCUCCGCCGGCCGCCGGCACGGAAAUUCCGCUAAUCAAGGAUCCCAAGGCGUACGAGACGGGGGGCCUGAUGCCGGCGGAAUGGGGGGCGGAAACCGCGCGGGAGGAGGCGUGGCAGCAGGGCGGAAAGAGCAAAGGCGGAAAGCAGGCCAAAUCCGUGGGUGCCGCCGCCGGCGCGGCUCCAGCUGCGCGUGACGGGAACAUCGGCGCUGCUGCUGCGCCUGCCCCGGGCGCGGGGGGAGCGAUCAGCGCGGAAGCUGCGGCGCUGGAGGCGGCGGCGGAGGCGUGCGGAAGGGAUGCGGAGGCGCGGGUGAGGCAGUGGCACGACUGGACUGUGCGCGCGCAACAACUGCCCGCGCCUGGCAUUGCGACGGCGUGGAAGGAGAUUUUCCUGAGGAGUCGAGCGUUGGAGAAGACGGUGGAGAGCUGCAUCACGCUGCCUCUGUACCCCCACCACCUGCCGCAUCUCCAGGCGCUUCUCUCCGUGUCCCUGGGCCAUCAGGAGGCGGCUCAGGUGAUUUCUCAGGUGGCAUCGGACCUGUCUCAGGUGCUAUCUGAGGAAGGCGACACCCUGGGCCUCACAGGUGGAUCUGCGGGCAAGGGAGCAGCGGGAGGGGAUGUGCGUGCCGCAGCUGCUAAGGCUCUGGCUGCUGCUGUGACUGCAGUGAAGCUGGGCGGGUCAGGGUGGGCAGUGGAGCGCAUCGCUGCUCAGCUUGGUGACGCGGGUGUGUCCUCAAAGCUGCAGGAGAUGCAGACCAAGGUAACCCAGGGGAUAUGCUCAGCCGCUCAGGGGAAAGCUGGGAAGCUGGUUACCACAGCGGUUGCAGGGGGGGCAGCGGGUGGGAAAGGUGCCGCUGCUGCGGUUGGUAGUGGUGGUGUGGGAGGGGGAGCGGAGGAGGGCGUGUGGGAGACGCAAGGGGGAGGAGGCAAGGGAGGGAAGAAGGGCGGGAAGAAGGGGGGUGGAGACAAGGGCAAAGCAGCACCAGCAGCAGCAGGUGGGGCAGCAGCAGGGGCAGCUGCAGUGGAGGAGGCGAGGAAGAAGGUAGAAGAAGCAGCAGCGGAGAGUACCAAACUGAGGGGCCAGGUGGAGGCAGCAGAGGCAGAGGCAUCUAGGCUGCGGGUGCUGUGGUUGGAUGCAGAGGCGAGGCGGAAGCAGCUGGAGGAGGUGCUAGCUGCUGCCUCUGCUGCUGCUGCUGGCGGUGGUGGAAAGUCCCCUGCAGCAGCAGCAGCCCAGAACGGGGUCCCGGCACCAGUAGCGCCAGUAGCAGUGGUUCAACCCGAGCAGCAGCAGGGGCAGCAAGGGCAGGAGGGGCCACAGCUGACGCCAGAGCAGCUGCACCAGCUGCGGUGUGCGCAGCAGCUGGGGGUGGUGCAUGCUCUCGAGUCUGUGCUGCAGCGCCCCCACAUGCCCCUGCCAGGGCACCCUGGAGGACCAUUCUCGGGCGCCCCCGACCGCGAGGCGGCAGUGAUGGCGGUGGUGGGGCAGGCAGUGGAGAAUCAUCUCAGUGCGCUCUCCGCCCUGCUGCACGCCAAGCUGGACCAGCUCAAAUCAGCUGGAGAGCGACUGCAAUUCUCACAGGAGAAGCUGCAGAAGAUGAAGGCUGAGAAGGACGCUCUGAAGGGCAAGCCGCAGCUGGCCGCAGCUCUCACGAGGCCACUGCAAGCCAUUGAGCAGAUGCACAAGACCCGUGUUUCUGAGGUCCAGUCAGUGAUGGCGGAGGCAGAGGCGCUGGAAGCAGCGCUGCAGAAGCCGCAGCUGCGGUCGGCAGUGGCGCUGCUGCCGCCCAUGCCAUCAGUCAACGACUUCUUACAGCAGAUAGGCGUCACGCUGCACCAGGUACACCAAGAGUGCACCAAGACAGCACCACCAGCGGCAGCACCAGCUGUGGAGGCAGCAGCAGCACCCAAGCCAGCAUGGGGGGUGCAAUCCGCUUGGGGGGGUUCGGGAUUUGGUGGUGUGAUUGGGAUGAUGGGGCUAACGGGAUGA